UCCGCCCCCUCCCAUGCGGCAAGUACCACAUGUUCUAGCACUGAGCUGCCGGCAAAGCAUAGGAGUUGAAGGGCCAAGAUGGCGGCGCGGUGGGGAGCAGGAGAGGAGACCUUAGCCAUCGGAGGAAUGGAGCUCUUCACCGCCGGAGGUCCUCUCCAGUGCAAUGUCCUGGAGGAUCAUGAGUCUUGUUCCGGCCUUUCAGACCUUAGCCUGGAUGCAGGUGGAUUCCUGGGAACUUUCCAGGGCUAUGUGGAUCACUCUAUCAUAUCUAUCAUUGAUGAUACUGGUGCACUGGCUGAGAACAAAGGCCACUUUGAUGAAGAGAACGAGCUGUCUCUUCUGAAUGCUCUGACAGAGAUUUUGGACAAUGCAGACGAUGAGAAUAUGUCUCCUUUUGACACAAUCCCAGACACGGAACUACUUGUUUCCCCAAAAGACAAAGAAAAUUCUACAUUGCAGAGAUUUCUAAGUCUAUCACGUACACCACCUGAUCGAGCGGUUUCACCAUUGGAUGAUCAACGCAGAAUUAAUGGCAAGUUUGACUCUCACACAUCAGGUCAAAAUUGGGAAUUAUUUCCAGAAAACAUCAGUUCUACACCAAAGAGACACAACAGACAGAGAAACAUGAGGGGAUGUCUAAUGCGGAGGUUAAGGCCAGAGAUUACCCAUCAGCGAAGUGAUGGGGAAGAUGAAGAUGUCCCAAGCCCAGAAAAAAACUCUGAAAACAGCACCACAAUAGAUUUUGAACCAGAAUUUGCAGCUAAUUCCGUAAACGGGGAAAAUGCAUUUGAGGAGGAGAUGUUUAUGAAGAGAACACCUUGUAUAAUUAAUACAGAAAAUGUUGCUCUUAAUGACCUUGUGAAAUAUAUGCACCCAUAUUGCCUUCCAUCAAUUGCUGCUUGCAUGGAUUCUCAAGAGACUGAGAUAGAGGAUAACCUAAAUGAAGGUAUAUUUCUUGAAAUUGUAGCAAAUGGAAAAUGUAUUAAAUUGCCAGUGAUGAUUGAGCCGGCUGAGGAGAUGUCGGAAUCCGAGGGCUUUGAAGAAAGAAUCUGUCUUUCGGGGGAAAACAAUUCUGAAGUUGAAAUGCAGAAACUCUCUGAAGAACAGUGCGGAUCUCUACAGGAUAGUGAUCAACAUUUAGAAAAGGGUACAGGUGAAUGUACACAACCCUUGCAGGAACCAAUACUUCUGGACUGCAAAGAAAUGUUGCCCGUUCUAUCCUCUCAGGAGGAGGAGCCCACAUUGGAACCACAGCAAAAGGACAUUGUGGAACCUAAGCCUACGUUAGAUGAUGGUUUAAGUGAAACCAUUUUCAAACAAAGCAAUGACUUUGAUACAAAAAGUAAUGAUCAGAAUUUUGAGCCAGCAGAGCCUGGUCCUGUAACGAAAGGUAAUGAAGCAGAAUUAUCUGUUCAAGAUACUGUUAAUGAAUAUGUGGCACAGAAGGGGAAGAAAUCUGACAAAGCAAGUUACGACAACCAAAAAUCUAAGAUGAAAAUGAAAAAUAAGAAGACAACUGAAUGUAAACAGCAGGAUGUAGCAGAGAAGAUGUCACUACAGAACAACCAGCCUCCUGUGUGUCUGAGUAACCCGGUAGUUCAAGAGUCCGAUUUUCUAAUAAAACAACUAGAGCAGGUGAAAAGGGAGACUCUGGAGUUAAGGUCUUCUAAAAUGGUCAGAGCAAAAGCAAGGUCAAGGCUAAACAUUGAUACUUCCAGUGCUCCAGGGAAGAAAUUGCAAAAUGAAAAGACUAAAAAGAUUGAGAAGUCCCUUGCUAUGGAAACCAAGCAAGCAAAGAAAAGUUCAGAAAAUGCUGCUUCAGAAAAAUGUUUAGCUCAAAACAAUGUUGAAAAUUUGUGUGAGCAAGCUGAAGGCAAAUCAGCUGAACACAUUGAAGUGAAUACAUUUCUAGAUGACAAACAAGUCCACCCACAAGAGGGUGAAGGUAAAGACUACCUUCCAAAUGCCCAGUGCAAAGAGAGUCUUAAUUUGGAUGAGAGAAGCCCAGUGAAAGGGGAGAUACAAAAUGAUGAAGUAAGGAUGACUAAAGAGGCCAAACCAAAGUCCCUCAGUUUAAGUGAAUACAGGAUGAGAAUGCAACAGCGCAAACCAAAUGCAGAGCAGCGAGACAAUGAAAGUACAUCUGAAAGUAAAUGGCCAUCCAUUCCUGAGCCACCAACUGAAUUGGCAGAAAUCCCUUGUUUGGUUGUACCUGGAAAGGAACAGGUCUCUUUAAAACCAUCCAACGUAAAGCCAUUAGAGGAAAAGUCAUUAUGUGCUCUAUUCAGAGCUGAAGAACCAUCUGGCUUGGAGAACUCCUCUAGCUCUGUUUCUGCAACAUCUGUAGAGUCAGUACCAAUUGCAGAAGCUCUGCAACCUAAACAGCCUGAUGUACAGGCAGAAACUGUUGCCAUGGACUUUACUCCUUUCAGCGUGGCUUCCCAACCAAAUGUUCCGCCACCCCCUUUUUUCACACCUACAUGGCCUUCUGUUUCCUUGCAACCUCCAUACUAUCCAAGUAUACCUCCUCCACCUGCAGUUACAUUUCCAAAUGGUGUAACACAUGAUCCCUUGCACACACUACCUAUGCCUCCACCACCUGUUAUGGCUUGGCCUCCAUAUCCACCACCACCAUUUGCAAUGGGUCCUGUUCCAUCUCCUGAUCUGUCUCUCUGGGGUGCUGGAUUACCUCCUCCACCACUUCCUUUUUGGCCACAUCCACCAGUGCAGCAAGGUUUGCCUGAAAGAGGGCCACCAUUACUGAGCACUGAUGGAACUACUGCCAUGCCUCCAGUUGCCUCCAGUGAAGUUAAUAAAAAUAUUGAUCCUCACUUGUCUAAAGAGACCUAUGUUGCACCGGUUAAACACCAGCUGCACACCGGUAAAAGUUCCUCAAAGAAAGCUGAUCAUAGUGGUUUAGUUUCAAGUGAUGGAAAUACCAAUGAUGUAGCGAAACCUCCAAAAGUAUUGAUUAAACAAAGCAAAGUACCCCUUAAGCAGUCUGAGAAUAGAGCAACAAAGCUAUCUGCACAGGGCCACUUUGACCUCAGGAAAUCCGAUCUUUCUAAAUCUGCUGGAUCGGUGGAGAAGAAGCUGGAAAGUAUGAAAGCCGAGCCACAAAAAGCAAAUUUGCUGGAUCCAAAGUCUGCAAAUCCGGUGGUCUUAAAGAUCAUGGAAAUUCUAAAGAAAGCUCAAAAACUUGGCUUCCAAAUAAACCCUCAACAAACUUUGGAAUCUGGAAGUGCUAAAUCAGGUGUACUUCUCUCCAGUCCAAAACUGGCUUUGUGUGCCCCCUUACAACCAGUUCAAAAUGAGAAGCCUUGCAAGGAACAAGGGAAAGUAAAACCAUCAACACUGACACAAAGUUUUGACACAAAUCCCGCCCUGGAGAAACAGGCAAAGGGUGAAAAUUUAAAUGUACCAUCUGAAGUGCAGAAACAAGGGACAGCAGAGAGUUCUCAGGUACCCAAUAACCAGCCAGUCCAGCUAUCCGUAUCCAUAGAUCCCAUCCCAUUAGAUACUAGAGCUAAUGGAAACAUCAAGAUCAUUUCCGCCGUUGCAAAAGAUGCCCAUUCUUCUGUGGAAAACUUCCCUUGUGAAGAAGGUAUUGAAGCUACUGAUCUAACCAGUCUCCUGGAACAGUUUGAGAAGUCUGAAGCUAACAAUGAGGAACAACACACACAAAGUCCUGAGUUAAAAGUGGCUGUAGGAAACUCUGGGUCAGAGAGACCAGUGGAGAAGAAGGCACUGGAUAGACUUCUGGCCCCCGAGUUGGCCAGUACUGCUGGGUUAACUCCACCAGCAACUCCACCGCAUCAGAUGUGGAAACCAGCAAUUGCCUCGUCUCUGACUGGAAAAGCAAAACCACUGCAUGGAAACUUCCAAGACCGAGCUUGUGCUUCUCCGCUAAAGGCUGCAAAGUUAAUUGAAGCAAAGCCUCUUCCACAGAGUAAACUACGCAACAAAAGCUCGGCGAUUCCUCCAGUUUACGCACAACCGCCUAUCCACGUGGCAUCGGGUGAUCACGACUAUUGUAUUUUUGCCACCUCCAAGUGUCCAGUUACUGCUUCAUCUGCUCUUGCACAAUCCAUGUCAGAAACUGUCACACCAACCCAGCCUUCCCAUUGUGAAGAAGGCUCCCGAUGGAAUGUUAAGCAUCACCAAAAUAUUACUAUAAAGCCUAUAGUACCGUUUAAUAAAAGGGUUCAGAACAAAUUGUGUCCGAAUCAGCCUGCGACCCCUGAGGUAAAAAAUGUGUGCAAACGAAGUAUUCCCUGUGCAACCGACAAGUCUAUAUUAUCUUCUAGUAAUAACCAGAAAAUGACUAAUGAUCCACUAGAUCAUAGGACUAAUGUAGUGGAAGCUGUGGCAGAAAAGCACCCAGGUUCAGUGUUAAUGUCUCCAGAUGCAUCCCCUUGCCACAGUGAAGACUGGGAGACGAGAACUGCUGUUAAAAGGGAAGAUAGUGCUGUUUCCCGGAGAUCUUUGCGCUGCUACAGAAGGUACAGAAGUUCUCCAAGCCCUCAGAAAUCCAGCGGUAGCCGUUCUUCUAGCUCAGAUUCUUCAUGCUCUUCAUCCUCCUCAAGCUCUCGCUCAAGAUCUCCUCCAUCAAAGAGGCGAAGAACUUACAGAUCAAGGAGUCGCCACAGGUCCCACUCUUCCUCCCGAUCUAGAUACAAUGGCUCAAGCAGCAGAUCUUGGUCAUCCUCUAAUUCCUCCCGCUCCUGCUCUCCAUUCUCAAGCUGCUCUCGCUCCCGUUCUAGAUCCCCCUGCCGUCGGAGGUACAGGAGCAGAAGUAGAAGAUGUGAGUCUCGGGAGAGCUAUAACAGGCAGAAGAUACAGCACAAGGAGCGGGCAAUUGAGGAAAGGAGAGUCGUCUACAUCGGAAAAAUUAACAGUCUCAUGACGAGAUCUGAGCUCAAAAGCCGGUUUUCUGUUUUCGGGGAAAUCGAGGAAUGCACCAUUCACUUCAGGGAGGAAGGUGAUAACUAUGGCUUUGUCACCUAUCGUUACACUUGUGAGGCCUUUGCUGCCAUAGAAAACGGCCACAAGCUGCGACUUCCAGACGAGCUGCCCUUUGACCUCUGUUUUGGUGGCAGGAGACAAUUCUGUAAGAGUACUUACGCUGAUCUGGAUUCAAACAAGGAUGACUUUGAUCCAGCGCCCGUUAGGAGCAAAUUUGAAAGCCUAGAUUUUGAUACGUUAUUGAAACAAGCCCAGAAGAAUAUCCGGAGGUAACGUUAGGAGCAUCCGCUCAAGCAAAGAGAUCAAACCUAUAGAGUCUAUAACCAAAACUAUUUACCUCAAAACACUGGAUAUGGCCAUUAAUUAAAAUGCAUGACAAUGCCGUUAAAGCAAACGCGUGCCCUAUUUUUUUUUUUUUCUAAAAUAAACAAGAAAAUCAUGAUAAAAAAGGUUUAAAGACAAUUAGAUUUUUUUUAAUGACAUUUGUUUUUCUAACCUAUUUAACAAAUGCUUUAAGUGCAUUCUGAAUAAUGUAACCAUGUCUGUACUAUAUGAUAAAAAAUCACUAUGCAGAUUAAAAAAAAAUCAAUAAAAAAGAUAAAAUAGAA